UGUUGGAAGCCACUUUGAAAUACGCUCCUGUGUGACGAUGCUGCUGUCCUCUGUGCUUUGCACCGAAUGGUUUAGCUAACUAGCUUGUUUUUCGAUCAGACUGUCAGUGUUUCGCUGGGUGACCCAUUGUUAUUAUUAAUGUCGAACAAUGUAACAGUAGGUAGGGGGGGCUUCACGUUGGUUUGCACCAACCGCUGUACUGUUUGCGCUCCUUCAACAUGGCACUGGCUGGAGUGAGAGUUAUUGAGCUGGCGGGCUUGGCUCCGGCACCAUUCUGUGGCAUGAUCCUGGCAGACUUUGGAGCCAAGGUGAUCCGCGUGGACAGGACCAAGGUAGGCAUGUCUUUAGACACGCAAGGACGAGGAAAAAAAUCUGUGGCCAUCAACCUGAAGGCAUCGGAGGGAGUAGCCCUGCUCAGGAAGCUCUGUGUCCAGUCUGAUGUGGUCUUGGAGCCCUACCGUAAAGGCGUGAUGGAGAAGCUGGGCCUGGGUCCACAGGAGCUGUUAAAGGAAAAUCCUCGUCUGAUCUACGCUCGCUUGACGGGUUAUGGACAGAGUGGACCUUAUGCCACUGCAGCAGGACAUGACAUCAACUACCUGGCCAUGUCAGGCAUUUUAUCCCGGCUUGGUCGCAGCGGAGAGAAGCCCUACGCUCCACUGAAUCUGUUGGCAGACUUUGCAGGUGGCGGUCUUACCUGUGCUCUGGGGAUCGUCCUGGCCCUGCUGGAGAGGACGAAGUCAGGGAAAGGACAGGUGAUUGAUGCCAGCAUGGUAGAAGGAGCAGCAUAUGUAGGUUCAUUUGUGUGGAAAUCUCGUCGCAUUGGCAUGUGGGACCGUUCAAGAGGGCAAAACAUGUUGGACAGCGGGGCGCCCUUCUACGAUUCAUACCGGACUUCAGAUGGAAAGUACAUGGCUGUGGGUGCCAUAGAACCGCAGUUCUACAGGCAGCUGCUUAAAGGCUUGGAGUUGGACGCUGAAGAGUUGCCUCCUCAGAUGAGCUUCGGUGACUGGCCAGAGCUGAGAAGGAUCUUCACAGAGCGUUUUGCUUCAAAAACCCAAGCGGACUGGUCAGCAGUUUUUGAUGGGACUGAUGCCUGUGUUACACCUGUGUUGUCUUUCGACCAAGUGAGCUCACACCCACAUAACCGGGAAAGGGCCUCUUUCAUCAAGGACUCCAGCGGAGAGGAAAGCCCCCGGCCGGCCCCGGUUCUCUCUGUGACUCCUGCGGAGCCUUGUCUUGCCCCAGACCCUGUUAUCGGACAGCACACUGUUGAGGUCCUGGAGGAGUACGGGCUUACAUCAGCAGAGAUAGACGAGAUGCGAGCAGCAGGGGUUAUAGAGUGUAAUGCUGUCAAAGCAAAGUUGUAGAGGACAAUAAGUCAAAGCUUGUUUGAAAAUCAAUACCAAUCAAGUGUUAAAAUUUGAGGAAGAUCACCUGGACCUAAUUUAUAUUAGUGAUUAAUUUAGACAAAAAACAAAAUAAGUUGCAGUCAGUUAUAUUUGUCACUUUGAACUGCUGUCUCAGUGUAAAGUGUAAACGGACUACAGUGUGCAGAGAUGGACUGUGAUGGUGUAGCAUCGAUAUGUCCUUGAGCACACAGACAUACUAAACAUAUUUUGGUGUCUAAAUGACUAAAAGGUCCAAAAAAAUUUUGGGAUUUUGUUCAUUCGAUGGCCUCACGU